UCCCCUGACUUUACUCAAUACUGACUAUUCUCAGCCCGGAGACAGGUUUUAUUUUCCUUCUGAAGAUGCAUCAGAUAUAUCUAAUACUCAAAACAGACUUUCCUGAAGCUUUUGGAAGGAAAGUCAUAAAAAUUUAGCUUGUACUGAGCAUUUACAACCAGAACAGCAAUACUUAUGUAAUCUGUCACAAGAGCCUUUACCAUGGAGGUUUAUUAUGCAGGUACCCUGUCACCUGGGGAUUACAACAAUACAUCCUUUAAACUUAACAGAUCACACCUGCUCAAUGAAACUGACCCUUUCCAACGAACCAACGACCAAUAUGAACACCAACAGUAUGUCAUUGGUCUCUUCCUUUCAUGUCUCUACACGAUCUUCCUCUUCCCCAUUGGCUUUGUAGGAAACAUUCUCAUACUGGUUGUGAACAUCAGCUUUCGUGAAAAGAUGACAAUCCCUGACCUGUACUUUAUCAACUUGGCAGCGGCAGACCUCAUCCUGGUGGCUGACUCCUUGAUAGAAGUAUUUAACCUUGAUGAGAAGUACUACGACAUAACAAUCCUCUGCACCUUCAUGUCUCUGUUCCUGCAAAUUAACAUGUACAGCAGCAUUUUCUUUCUCACGUGGAUGAGCUUUGACCGAUACAUCGCCCUAGCAAAGGUCAUGAGAUCCAGCCUAUUUCGCACCAAACACCACGCGCGGCUGAGCUGCGGCCUCAUCUGGAUGGCCUCCAUCUCUGCUACCCUGGUGCCUUUCACAGCUGUCCAUUUGCAGCACACAGAAGAGGUGUGCUUCUGCUUUGCCGAUGUGAAAGAAAUCCAGUGGCUCGAGAUUACCUUGGGGUUCAUUAUUCCCUUUGCCAUCAUUGGUCUCUGUUACUCACUCAUUGUCCGAGUGCUCAUCAAGGCUCACAAGCACCGGAGCCUGCGCUUGCGGAGGCAGAAGGCCCUCCGAAUGAUUGUUGCCGUGGUCCUGGUUUUCUUUAUCUGCUGGCUACCUGAAAACGUCUUCAUUAGCGUACACCUCUUGCAGAGAAAGGAGCCAGCUAUUUCUUCAUGCAAACAGUCUUUUCGCCACGCCUACCCUUUAACUGGCCACAUAGUUAAUUUAGCAGCUUUUUCAAACAGCUGCUUAAACCCACUUAUCUACAGCUUUCUUGGGGAAACCUUUAGAGAAAAACUGAGGCUGUACAUUGAACAGAAAAGCAACUUGUCAGCCCUAAAUCGUUUCUGUCAUGCUGCCCUCAAGUCAGUCAUCCCUGAGAGCAGUGAGCAGACAGAAGUAAAAUUUAGCAGUGCUGUGUAAAUAGACAAUUGUGAAUUUUUUUCAUCAAUGUAGAACAAAAUGGUGUGCCACUAACAAAUGCAUAUAUA